ACGAACGCAUUGGUACGCUCUUACUAGUAUCAGUUUAAUCCUUGUGAUAUAAAGUGUUUAAUGCGAUUUCGACGAAAAAGGUGGCUGUGAUUUGAAGUCAGGAACAGUAGAAAGCUUCAUCGUGGUAAUAUUAAAUUUUCUAACUACGAGGAGCGCUGUACACGUUUCCCGCCUGUUAAAAAUUCUUACGUUAAUCGAGUGAGGACAAUUUUCUUGCAGAUAAAUGUCAGGCAUUGCUAUUGCAAGACUCGCCGAAGAGCGAAAAGCAUGGAGGAAGGAUCAUCCGUUUGGCUUUGUGGCAAGGCCAACAAAAAAUCCAGAUGGUACGCUUAAUUUGAUGAGUUGGGAAUGUGCAAUCCCUGGAAAGAAAUCUACUCCUUGGGAAGGUGGAUUAUAUAAAUUGCGAAUGAUCUUUAAAGAUGAUUAUCCUUCUAGUCCACCAAAAUGCAAAUUCGAACCACCAUUAUUCCAUCCAAAUGUAUACCCAUCUGGAACGGUAUGUCUUUCUUUGUUGGACGAAGAAAAAGAUUGGCGACCAGCAAUUACAAUAAAACAAAUCCUUUUGGGUAUUCAAGAUUUACUUAAUGAACCUAAUGUAAAAGAUCCAGCCCAAGCUGAAGCUUACACAAUAUAUUGUCAAAAUCGCUUGGAAUAUGAAAAACGUGUAAGGGCUCAGGCAAGAGCAAUGGCACCUCAAGAAUAAAAAUUAUCUACUACUUGAUAAAUAUAAACUUAUGUAAAGAUACCAUUACAUCUACGCAUAUAGUAUUCUUUUGAGUUGAUUAAUUAAAAAUAUUUUUUUAUAAGUAAAACAAAAAACUAUGUGUAUAUAUAUAUAUAUAUAUAUAUAAAUAUAUAUAUAUAUAUAUAUAUGUAUAUAUAUAUAAAAAUUGUUAAUAUUACAUUGUCAUCUAUUUCAAUAUAAUUUUUUUUUUUUCUUCUGAAGAUAAACUAUGUGUCGUUAAAUAUUACAAAAUUAAUUAGUUUUUAACGUAGAUUAACUAUUCAUACAAAUUUACGAUAUUUUUUAUUUGAAAAGUACUAAUAACAUUUUACGACAUUUAAAUAAAUCUAUUAAUUUUAGCAAUAAUCGAUAGAUUUAUUAGGAUGAAGUAUAAUAAGGCUAAUUAAAUAAUAAGUCUCUCUCACACACCACACACACACACACACUCUCUCUCUCUCUCUCUGUCAAUCACAAAAAAAGUAUUUAUGCAUCAUAAAAAUACAUUCGUAUAAGUAUCUUUCUUAUGGCAGUAUCCCUAGUUAAUAAGCUCAUUCAAUUAAAAUAAACAAUGUACAAAAUUUAAGAAAUAAAUCAUUUAAAUGUUAAA